UCUGUAGAUUAUGGCUCCCAUGGGACGUGGUUUUGGACGUGGUGGUGGUGGUGGUACCAGAGGAGAUCAAGGGAGAGGAAUCUCAGAAGGAGACAAAAUGGAUGAACAUGAAGACUUCUCCAACGACAAACCAACGGAUCCAGCUGACAGUGAGAAGUUGAAGCUUAUUGAAGACAGUAAGACAGAGUUCUUCAAGAGGAGGAAGAUAGAACUGACAAACCUUCCUAACGAUCCACGACCUGAGGAGAUACAUCAGCUGCUGUUCAAAGAUUUUCCAGUAAGCAAUGUGACUGUUACAGACAGAAAUACUGCUCGGGUGACAUUUGUUGAUAGCACAAGCACCAAAAGGGCAAUUGACGGGGUCAACGGCACAGUGUUCAAAGACAAUAAGAUCAGUAUUAGCUACGCUCCAACAGACAACUUCCUCUUCCUGGGAAACCUAGCUCUGUCUAUUGAUGAGAGCAUGCUUGGGGAUAUGCUCUCCCCCUUCGGAAAAGUGUCUCGAGCAUUCCUCCUCCGGUCCCUUAAAACUGGCUACAUGAAAGGAUGCGGUUUUGUUGAAUUUGAAGAUAGAGAGGACGCAAAGAACGCUAAAGAGUCACUCACCGGACGGUUCCUGAGAGGUAGAAUUGUCAGGACGGAUUGGGCUCCUCUGGUGCUGAACAACUACGAAGAGCUCCACUCCCGCACUCUCUUCAUCGACAGAAUUCCUAAAGAUCUGUUUGAUUCCAAUGUUCUACGCGAACUGUUUGCUCAGUGUGGCAAAGUGCUGUUUUGUGAUAUUGCGAUAAACCCGGCUAAUGGUGAGUCGAGAGGGUUCGGUUUUGUUGACUUUGAUAGUCCAGAUACAGCAGAGAAAGCUCAGAGAAUGUUCAGCAACUAUCAAAUAGGGAACAGCUCUCUACGCCUAGCAUUCGGAGUACCAGGUCGGACAGGGGCUCACACCCUCCGUCAGCAAUCCAACAGUGUUGGUCUGAACGAGCUGGGAGCUAACAAGGGGGUGCCACCCCCACCUCACCCCAACAAACCCCACUACCAGAAACCUUACGAUAGAGCUGGGGGACGAGGAGGGCACCGACCUGGUGGUGAUACCAGGAAAUGUUUCAACUGUAACGAGACAGGUCACAUGGCUAGAGACUGUCCGAGACAGAGGGGCGGACCUCCCCAUGGGGGCCAGUUCCCCCACCAGGGUCCUCCUCCUGGUCAAGAUACCCGAACCUGCUACAACUGCAACCAGAGAGGUCACGUGGCUAAGGACUGUCCUAGGAACAGAGAUCAAGGGCCACCCGGACAAGCUCCACCUCGUUACACAGCCCCAGGCUUCCAGCAACCACCAGGACCUCCCGGACAACCUGGACACGGUCCUCCUUCCAUGCCACCAGCACCGGGACAUCCUCCUCCUAUGAUGCCAGGCAUGCCUCCUAUGCCAGGAAUGCACGUGAUGCCCCCGAUGAUGCCAGCGAUGCCACCAAUAAUGCCAGCACAAUACCCUCCAGCAGCCUCUGCUGUGUUCCCGCCUGGUUACCCUGCAGCUGCCCCUCCUGCAGUUUCUAUGCCACAACAGAUGGCGGCAGCUACCUACCACCCCCCUGUCAUGCCGUCGGUUUCAGCCCCUCAUGUAGUACCCUCACCUCAGCCUCAUCCUACACCGCAACCUAUGCAGCAGCCUACCCCUACACCGGUGUACCAAUCCCCAAUUCCAGCUCCGCAACCGGCCCCUCUUCAGCCACCUCAAGCCAGACCGGCUAUGAGUGUGCAAAACCCUGGCGCUGCUGCGGUGCUCCACCAAACCCACUUGCCAAUCCAGCCCCAGCAACCUGCCCCCUCCCCUGUACCUGAUAACACCGCUCAGUUGCUCCAGUUACAGGGACAGAUUCAGCAGGCUGCUUCACAAGUUCAACUUCUUGGUCAACAGGCUGCUGCUGCCUAUUCACAAGCCCAACAGGCGCCAACGAACGAACAAAGAAACCAGUAUUACCAACAGUACACACAGUUGUACCAACAGCAACAGCAGCAUCAACAACAACAUAAUACUUUGGUUUCGCAACACACAGCUCUUCUAAGGGGCACUUCUGGAGCCAGUGCAGCUACCUCCCUCGCCAGAACCUAAAAGAGACACGCAGUGCUGGGCUACUAGUUUUAUUUUAUUACCUUGGUCUUAACGAACUGUAACGAACUGCAGCAGGACGCAGUCCUCUUAUUUUAAUUUUCAAACAGAUAUUUGUAUUAACUGUAUUGACAAUGUGGUACAAUACUAUGUGUAUUAGUAUGAUUAAUGUUGCCUUACAAAAAUUAAUGUUUUUAAAUGCAGAGUCUUAGUAUUUUGCCUACUGAAAGGUAUACUGGAAGUUGGUUUUGGCUGAAUUUAUGUCAAAUGAUAUACUUAUAUAGCUAUGAACCAGAAGGCACAAUCUGGGUAAUGGGAGUCAGAUUUCCGGAGAAAGCUUUAAUUAUGGACAAUCUCCAAACUGUGAUAUUUCUGUCCCAUUUUCAAAUAUAAGCGACAUGGGUUCCCUAAUUCUCACCGUUU